CCGCGGGUCCUGGGGCACUGGCGCUGUGUGCUGCGUGUGCAGCAGGGUGGGAGGGAGAAUGAGGGAGGAAGGGUGUGAAGCUUCUUGUGGAUGCACUCGACUGGGAGCCGGUCGUCGCUGGGGACUCCUGAUUUAAAUUUCUGUGUGUCCAGCAAACUGCAGUUUUCAGACCAUGGAGGCAGAGCAGAUCAUGGAGGGACAGCCACAGGUUCCAGAAAAUCCCCAUUCUGAAUACGGCCUCACUGAAAAUGUAGAGAGGAUAGUAGAAAAUGAGAAAAUAAAUGCAGAGAAAACAUCGAAGCAGAAGGUGGAUCUUCAGUCAUUGCCCACACGUGCCUACUUGGAUCAGACAGUUGUACCUAUCUUACUACAAGGACUCGCUGUGCUUGCAAAAGAGAGACCACCAAAUCCCAUUGAAUUUCUAGCAGCAUAUCUUUUAAAAAACAAGUCACAGUUUGAGGACCGGAAUUAACUCCAUAAAAAUGAGGACAGUUUGGCUGCUAGACUGAAAUGUUCAUUUGCCACAGUUUGUUUUCUGCUGUAAAAAUCCUUUGGAAGUUUGAUGUGUCUUUCUUAAUCACACAGUUUGCUUUACCCUUUGAGUUAUUUAAUAAAGAACACUUUACUUUUAA